CUGGUAUCUGCACGAAUCCAACCCGCCACGUCUGCACCGAGACCUGAAAUCUCCCAACCUUCUAGUCAGCGACAAGUGGGUGGUGAAAAUCGGCGAUCUUGGCAACUCGCGAUUUAUGGCCAUUCUGGAUGAGGAGAAGGCGACGCGACAGCAGCAAUCAGCACCAGUGCUAGUGCCGCUCAAACUGGCCUGACGCAGUCAUCAAACACGGCGGCGGGCGCGCAGUCCGUAGGCGAAAGCCCCAAGGAAAAUGUACUUAUCGAGCCUCCUUGUACCGGAGCAGUACUUGACAGGCAUGAUUCCAAGAGCUCGCUCGCACUAUCAGGAAGCCAGGAGACCAAUCUGUCAACGCCUCUACUCACCGACGUCUCCACAAACCAUGGAGAGACGUAUCAGCGCUAUUCGGCAUCAGUGAUGACUCGCGGCGUGGGGACUCUGCGCUGGAAAUCACCGCAGUCAGUGCGUGGCGAGCACUACAACGAGAAAGCCGAUAUCUACAGCUAUGGCGUUGUCCUUUGGGAGAUCUCCACCAGGCAAACGCCAUACGGACAUCUGAAGCGUGAGACGGACGUGGAGAAGGCAAUAGAGAAUGGUCACCAGCUGCCUAUUCCACCGGGUAUGCCCUAUGACUAUCGCCACCUGGUCGAGGCCUGCUUGAGACCGGGAAGCGGCCAACUGUCCAUGCUUCAGCGAUAAACUCCAUGAUCUGGAAGUUCAACAAGUGAGUGCUUGAUAUUAUUCUGAUCUCUCAGUUCCUGCAACACGCCUUCUCUCGAGCUGGGCUGUUUUCGGUUAACCCGAACCCCGAUUACCGGAAGGUGUGAGUGUGUACAUGUACCGGUACUCAUGUAUGCAUGUGUGGUCCAUGUGCUAUGCAUCUGGUGUGAAUAAAGUUGAAAACAGACUUACCACGCAUCAUCAGGGUGAUUUUGAUUAUCUGUCAGCGUCUUCAGCUCUCGCCUACUUCAAUGAUAAUGGUCUCAUGACCUGGCUUGAUGGAACUUACACAACCACUACUCUGUUGUAAACCAGUCUCAGCAACGAACCACCACAUGGUUUAUAUUGUAUUGUAUUAUCGCCUGUCGAGGGGGAUUCCUGUGUUCGGUUGAGUGAUGAGAUACCUGCUAUGGGAAAACCGGUAAGAGAUGGAGGACGAAAAAGAAGAGACAAGCAGAAGAGUAAUUAUAGCAUCAAGGUCAAGUCACUGCAAGAGUGUCGAUGCUGUAGAGUAGGCUUUCCCCGAACCCGGCCCGUUUUUCCCCUAUUCGGCUUUUCGCUAAGCUCGAAAAUACAUCAGAUUCAGCUGCAAAAUCAGCUGAUUGUACGAAAAUCGGCUGCAAAAUUGGAAUAUAUUGGAAAAUCGGCUAAAAGAAUUGUUGGCAUAUUAGCUUCAAAAGUGGUGAGAUACUAGAAAUACAGCCUCUGCUAGAUGGAAUUGGCCACAACUGUACGUUGUAGUGUGGUAUUUUACUAGUAACGAUCUUCCUAAUGGCUAAUGUUUGUUUGAGAGGAGGUCAAAGGACACGAUGCAGCUAAUGGGAUUUCGGUCUUUGACCACUUGGUGGUGGGUCUGAUCUACUCACCUCCCACCGUUUAGGCGCUGCAUCUGCGACUUGAUCCUAGAGGGUGGUGGCGUUCCCACGGCGGAUGCGGAAAACUCGACUUCUAGCCGAGUCUCACGCGAACCGUGAAAUUUAUUAUUUAUUCAAAG